UUUAAUAAUCUAUAAUCAAAUAUCUUCAAAAGUUCAUAAUCUAUAAUAUUUCCAAGGACGAAAUAAUGUGUGGUGAUGUUGUAUGUAUAAAACUGGCCAAUAUAAUCUAAUUUUCAAGCACAUUAGGAGUUGUGCUAUUUCACAAGAUAAUGAAGUUCAAUAUAAUUUGUACCUGUCCCAUAAUCCCAAAUCCAACGCGACAGAAGUCAAAGGAAAUAUUACGACUAGCAUACAACUUGACGACACUUUGUUUUUAGAGUUAAAUUUCGCUAUGAAAGAUGCAGAUGGACAUUGGAAAGAAAAUACUUAUAUUCACAAGUCACCAAAUGCUUGUUCGUCGUUCCGGAAUUUAAUGGGGACUGAAUGGACCAAAAUUAUGAACGGAUUGGGAGUAAAGAAAGCCACGUGUCCAAUACCUCCGGGCAUUUAUACGACUCCGGGCCUGGAUACAUCGAUAUUUCUAAACAUCAAUAGGCCUAAAACAUUUAUUUAUGAGACGUACAAAAUUCGUUUUUUUUUUUCGCGUUUUAAAGGAGUGUAUGGCUGUACUAUUUUUGUGAUAGAAUUUAAGCCUCUAUAAAAUACAUUUUUUUAAUAUUGUAUACACAUUUUACCAGUCAGAAUAUAAUACAACUGCAGCCUAUGGUUUCCGUUAUUUGGGGGCCCUGGAAUUUAUAAAAUAACUAUAAAAUUGUAUGUUUUUUUUUA